GAAGCUUCAGUGAAGCUUCAGUUCAGAGAGAGUCAAACUUUGAGGCCAAACGAGCAUGAAUUCCGAGCAGAAAAUGAAAUCUGACGACACGUCGAAAAACAAAGAGAAGGAAGACGAAGAAAAAGACAAUCUGACGAUGUUUGACGUGUUUCAUGGAAAAACAAAAGAGAGGAUUCAGCUGAUGAUUUUUAUUGCUCGCCUUCCCAAACAUCUUAUUAACAGGACAGAGGUGGGAGCACAUUAUGAAAUGUUCAACCUUCAGUUGAACAUACAGUAUACUUGGGAUCACAUGACAGGUCUGCUUUUAAUCUAUCCGUCCUGUGUGCUUCAUGUCAUUGAAGCUUCCAGGGAGAUUCUGGUUUCUCUUCUCGAGGACCUUGACAACAUGCAUCGACCGCCUCAAAGUUCAUUGCUGGAGGAUCCGAAGGUUAUGUUUAUGGCACAUAACCCUGAGAGGCGGCUGUUCCAACAGUGGAGCUACAAGGUGCUGAAUGUUCAAGAUGGCGGCACCGAUGACGACACUGAGGAAGAAACCACUGAGUCUUUGAUUUGCAAAGUCCUAUCAGAAUUGCAGAAUCUUACUGAGCACUUUGAAACCUCCAACAAGGCUCUUCCUGGGUCAGUUAUGGAUGAAAAUCCAGAUCUGAUUGUUUCUCAGGGUUUAAUUCAGCUGUUGGACCGAGAAGAGCUCCUGAGCCCAGAGAAGCACCUGCAGAACUACAACAAACCCUUGAAUAUCACCUUGGACUUUGGAAACGUGAUGCGAAGCAGCCAUCUCAACACAGUUUAGCGCUGUCCUCACCAUCGUCCAUCCACUGUGCAUUCCUUGUAACUAAAGUUAUUUACUCUGUAUUUUUAUUUGUGCUUAUGUCUCUUACUGUUUGUCAUGCUUAUUACCUUCAUUAUUAUAAAACAACAAAAUAUUUGGUGUAUAACUUUCUGCAUAGUGGAGAAAACAAAUCGAAACAAGGCUCUUUAUGUGAUUCCUUUUGAGCUGAUAUUUGGUGAUUUAAAUCUAAUCCAGUGUUUCUUUUAGCCUUUUCCUUCUAUUUCCUUGUAAUGGUUUCAUUUUAUCCACUUCUAGUAUUUCAAGAAGUGGCUUUAUGACACCACAAAUAUCUGUAUAUAGGAUGCCUAACUUGUAGAACUAUAGAUUCAUUUUCAGCAUCUUAAUUAAUAACAAAAGCACAGAAAGUCCAAGUAACUAAAAACAAACCACUUUUAUUAGUUUCAACAUUCAGAUGAGUUUUUUUAUUUAAUUUUUUUCAUCACACUGUUUCACGUUGUGCCUGGGAGAAUGUAUGUCCAAGAAAAGGCUUUUCCUCUUUAUUCCAAACUUCAAAGAAUCCACAUGGUCGGAACUCUGAGGUCAAAAACGACCUCUGGAUCCUUUAUUACUUGAAACUUAAAUGAAACAAAAGAGCCGUUUGAGGGUGUU